AUGACUUCCAGCAAUCCCUUCUGGUCAUAUUUCACCCCUCAACCCGGCGACAUGGCUCAUAAUUUGGCUGGCCGUCUUCAAGACAGGCUGGCCCAUGGAGAUCAUAUGCGCGUUCCUUCGCAGGAAGACGUCCAGAGCUAUUCUGAACCCACCCCGGCCUCAGAGUGGUCACAGGUAACCUUUACCUACGACACCUCCAAAGGCGCCAACGUGACCAAUCUGAAAGAUACCAACUGGAACGAGAAGCGUUCUCGUCCGCACUCCAAUAACUGGCCUUUAACCGACAAGUACUAUUCUCUCUCCGCGGGUGGUCACGAGCUCCGGUGUUCGACCGGAACAUUAUGGAAGACAAUCCUCCUCCCCUCUGCGACAAUCGUCCUCCCCAUGGCCUUUCUCGUUGCUGGCUUACUAGCUUUGAUCUUCGGCUAUAGAGUCAAAUCUGACAACAGUUUAUUCGAUCAAGUCUCCAAUUCCGAUGCCUUGAGCAACCAUGCCGUCGUCCUGGUCAACUAUUCAGCCACCCGGAUUGUAUUUGUUGCGUCAUGGGCCUCCACCUUGGCUCCUCUCCUCGCCGGCUUCAUCAUGAACCUAGCCAGCUUUCAAGCCGCUCUGGUCAUGUAUCACGCUUCGUCCGGUACCGAUCAGCAUGAUUUACCGACUCCUUAUCAAUACAGUCUUCUCGUCGGUCUCUGCUUGGCUUCAAUAGGCAGACUGACCAGAUACUUCUCCUACUCCGGCGAAGACGGAGUGGUUAUCCCCCCGGUCCUCAAACGAGCAGCUCGUACGCUGGCCUUAACGCUCGUUCUCGCAUGUGUCGUCUUCGGAGCGGAUACUGCACUACACUAUACCACCAGCACCAUCAACUUCGACCAAGUCUCCAUCGAAUCGACAAUGCAUGCCUACGGUCGCGGUCUAUCCUCCGAAUGUCUCUCUCUCAACCGCUCCGACAACUAUGGCCUCCCCUGCUCUCGUAACGGAGAAGCCGCUUUAACCGACUACGACGACUAUGUCACAGGACAGAAUCAGAUCUUCUUCCUCCAGCACGGCACAUCCAACGUGUCCGAAAUCCGCCUCGUCCAAGCCCAAGACCCCGACAAUGCCUACAAUGAAAACGAAAAGGUCGCUCUUUUAAUCCCCCCAAGCACCACUUUGUCUCCUUUUCGAGACUUUCGCGCCGAAACUACCGGUGUCAUCACCACCUGCGCCCCCAUCAGUUCCGAAUGCGCCUGGAAGGUCUGGGGCCCCUUCGAUCUCUACAGCCAAUUCAACUGCAGCGACAGCUUCUGGGGCGUGCUCGGCAAAAGCGCGAAUCUCAGCGACACAGGCACCGAAGUCACCGACGUGGACGUACCCACUCUCGGCUUCAAACCGAGCGCGGCACUACAGUAUGGGUUCUUCAUGGACAAAGACCUGAGCCAAUCCUAUGAUAGUGCUGGGACUUUGGGACCAUUCAUGCCGGACUCCGAGCUCAUUAAUCCAGUGUUCCUGGGGGUUGCUGCACGAUUUACCUGGGCCUCCCAACGCCCCGGCGUCAACAUGUCGUCGGACCCAGGGGUGUUUCAAGGUCCGACGUCCAACAUCGACGUCGUCUUCCGCUGCCAAUACACAACCUACGCCGCGGACUACAGCUUUGUCAAUUCGACAGCACAAAUCAACAGCCUCACGCCUUCUCCCAACGGCACCAUCGCCGAAAUCUUCCACGGCUAUAAUCUCGCCAAAAGCUUCAAUGCCUUCGACAACAACCUGCAAGAUUUCAUUCUACAGGGCGCCCUACAAUCCGACCCAGUCGCCAUGGCCGACAGUUUUGCAAACAGCUAUUCGACGCGCAUCAUGAGCGUCAUCGGCCCGUUUCUGUCUUCGCGGACAAAUCGCCAGGAACAAACACGUACGCCACUGCUAGUCGCUAAAGUGCCUAAAGCUCCACUCGCCAUACUUGCGGCUUGCUGUCUGGGUUAUGUGAUUUUUGGGGUAACAGCGGCGAUAUUGGCGCACCGCUCGCUAAGCGACGUCGAUGUGCGAGAUCUCGCCUUCCGCUUCUCCCUGCCUGCGCUGGGUUUACAUGCCUUCCGCGACCCGAACACGGACAAUGCGGCUGUUAAAGUUGAUGGUGCGGGACACCGUGUUUUCAAUGAGUCGAAAGUCCGUAGCGAGACGAUGAGGGUUGCUGUCGAAGGCGGACCGAAAAGUGGGUUUUUCUUGAAGACUCUGGUGUAA